AUGAAAAAAGAGAGAGAAAAUAAUGAGAAUGACAGACAGGAUUCUUUAUCACAUAAAUCUGUUGAGGAAAAUAUCGAUACGUCUUUUGAAGAGAUAGAAGAAAGAGAACAUAAUGAAAUAGAUGAGAACAUUGGUGUGAUUGAUAUGGAAUAUGAAGAAUCAUCUAUUAUGAAUAAAUUCUUCAAAUUUGAUCAGUAUGCAUUUCCGCCUAGUGAGGAAAUUCAUAAUCAAGAGCUGCAAAUUGAUGACAGUGAAGAGGAAUGGUCUAUUGAAGAUAUUAUUUUUCAAAUCUAA